AUGCAAUUGAUCGAUUGUCACACAUCAUUUAUAAAUGAAUACUGUAAUGAUUAUAAGCCGCCUUUAAAAUCAGUUGUAUUAACAAAUUCAAUUGAAACAUUUAAACAGCAACCAUAUAUCACUGAUGAUUCAAGAAAAAUUAUUAUUGAUUUCACUUUAUUUGUACAUCAUAAAUUAGAUUUAUCACGUUCGACAUUAUUCCAAGCAUUUUCAAUCAUAGAUCAUUAUACAUGUAACUAUAUCAUUUACCCAUCACAAUUACAAUUAUUAGCAUUAACAUCAUUAUGGAUCUCAUCAAAAUUUUGGGAUGUGAAAAAUAAAUGUAUUAGAAUGAAACAUUUGCUACAAUUAUGUUCCAAAUUAUACGAUUCUAGUGAAUUUAUUGAUAUGGAACGCCAAUUGUUGAAGAGUUUUAAUUGGGAUAUAAGAUCUUUACCAACCAUGAAUGAAAUAAUCAAUCAAUUAUUAUUUGAAUUAUCAUUACCAAUUGAAAAUCAUGAAUUAUUACAAGAAGGUUCAAUGAUGAUUGCUGAAUGGUCUUAUUUAAAUAUAGAUUUAACAUAUUCAUAUUCAACCUUAGAGAUUGCUAAAGGUUGUGUUCAUCUAAUGCUGUUGAUUACAAACGCCGAAAAUAUUGGCGAUAAAUACCCUUGCAUCGACGCUAAAAUAUUAUGCAUUUCAUUAAAGCUACUAGAAGUGGUAAAUGAUGAAAACAUUAGUUAUUCAAACUUACAGAUUGCAUACCCAAACUUUUAUAAUUUCAUUGAAGUUUUCCAAAAUAAUUAUUAUUUGCUACAAGAUAUUAUUCUUGACGAAAUCAACUACGUCACAAUUGUAGGUAAUGAUAACAAUACGUCAUUUUAUCAAUCAUCAAAAGACGAACCUAUUGGGGAUAGCGCAUAUCGUGCUAAAUCGAACGAAGGUGAAGAUUAUUUUUCACAAAAUGCCAUUGAUCAAGAUAAACAGUUUACAUUAAGAGCACAGGUGCUCAAAGACAACAGAUUCAAAAUAACAAAUAGAAAUUAUGUACCAUUAACACCAUGUACACCUAAAAAUCUAAUGAUGAAGGGUACAUUUGCAUGA